UCAGAACAGAAGCAAACAACAUUGAUGAAGAGGAUGGGGGAUCGAAAGAAAGACGGAAGAAUUGUGAAGAAAUCGAAGACAACAGAUUCAAAUUGGCCACUCAUUAAACCUAAAUCUGAUCUCCGUAUCACUCGCCUUAAAGAUCACGAUCUCUUUACUGUGCAGAACUUCUUGACAGCUGCUGAAUCAAAGGCGUUUAUUAAGGCUGCGGAAUCGAUUGGGUUUGUCCACCAAGGGAGUCUUGGCCCGACAAAAGGUGAAGCUUACAGAGACAAUGAUCGGAUUGCUGUAAAUGAUCCUGUUCUUGCUGAUACAUUAUGGGAAUCCGGACUUAGCAAGCUGUUUUCUGAUAUUACUAUUCGGGGCAAAGUUGCUGUUGGCCUAAACCCAAAUAUUAGACUUUACAGGUAUAAGGUUGGUCAACGUUUUGGCCGACAUAUUGAUGAAAGUGUCGAUCUUGGAGAAGGAAAGCGCACCCAUUACACAUUGCUAAUAUAUCUCAACGGUAAUGCGGAGUCAAAGCCAAAAUCUGAUGUGAACGGUUCACAUGACUCGCUUGAACCUCUAGUUGGAGGUGAAACCGUCUUUUAUGGACCAAGAAAUAGCCUUGUAGCUGAGGUGACUCCCACUCAAGGAAUGGCCCUCUUUCAUAUCCAUGGUGCCAAGUGUAUGUUGCAUGAAUCGCGCAAUGUUAUGAAAGGCGUCAAGUAUAUCUUAAGGUCAGAUGUAGCUUUUGCAUGAUGAUUGACAUGUUACAUGUAUAACAUUUACAUUGCUAGUAUGUAUAUCAUGAUUAUUGAUAUCAUUCUUGUAUUUUCUAUUUUGAUGAUUAUAAUCUGCUUACUUUUCA